UAUAACGCACGUGCAUCGCAGCAGCGUCGCGCAAGUCUCGCACGAGGAGCUGCUAUUUCCUCGGGGCUAAUCUCUCUGCGUCCCGAUAUAAUACCACUUGCGACGUUCUCUGUUGCAGGUUCGAGGUGAACAACGAAAUACUCUAUCCGGAGAUAUGCGAGUGACCGUCGCGCUCAAGAGAAGGCCACUCGGGUGAUUUGCGUGCCGCCAUCCAUCGGCGUCAUGGCGAAGCAGCGAGGAAUCUUCUUUACCGACGGAGUCGAUGUAAACAAACGUAUCUCAUCGCGAGCUUGUUAUCAACGUUUUCGCAAAAAGACAUUUUUAUCAAACAUGUUUUGUUUGUUUUCACUGAUCAUUUCAAAGCAGAAGUGACGUGAAUAUAUUUUUGAAAGAAUACAUGUAAUUUUUCGUAAAACACUCGAGUUACGUAAUCCAGAAAAAGUACAACGAUUAACUCGGUGGACUAUUAAAAUUAUAUGUAAACUGUCGAAGAAACGGUGGUCAGGGUGGUUCAGUCAAUAAUGGGUCUCAAAAUGGAACUGUGCGCGCAAUACUAAAAGAUGAUAAGAAGAUUGGCCAAGUUGCCGUUGACACCAAAGUCACGUCUGCUGAUUGCGAAAUUUAGUGGAUUGAUCGAGCGCGAUGAGAAGCAGACAAGAAAACGUAUUAACCUAUUGCGCACAGAAAUGUUUGUGCAAGAUGGUUUUGAGAUUUAUGAGCUGCCUAUAAUUAUCAAUGUAGCUUGCGAUUUGAAAAGCAUUUUUGGUAACGCUGACGUGAGAGAUUCGAGCAACGCCGAACGCUCGGAUAGCGGCCAGUCAUCCAAUUUGAGUCGAAUCGACGGUUCAAGCGCGUCGCCGAGUCGCGAGAAGCUCAGCAAUGAAUCCAACGAUAGCCUGCCCGUAUUCCCUUCCGAAUUGGAGUUUUCGAGGAUUCUGGAGCUCGAGCACGCUUUUCGCGAGAUCGACAGCUCUUCCGCGGGGAGCGCGAAGAAUCCGGAACUGAGCGGUAAAAUCGCUGUGCAACACUUGAGAAAAGUCGUCGACUUUGAGAAGAAGAAUCGCCGAUUCAAAAGGUUCAUGCCUGCGUUCGACAGAGACAGUUUCAUCUUGCACAUGCUCGAUUCCGUUGUCAGUGGCUCCGACAGUGGACUAAUAAUCGAUGCUCUCCAAGUACUACUGAGAGACCGAUUCAACUCGGCUAAUAAUCCUUACAAAGAUAUGCUCACCGACCAACUUCUGAUAAGAGCAACGAGUGGGAAUUUCAGCGUUGACCAACUGAUAAGCAUUAUCAAGAUUUUGUACGCUUUCAACGACACGAAAUACCGCCAAGCGAUAGAUUAUUUAUGGAUUGGUUUUGUUAUCAAGCAGGAAGAUAUAAGCAUCGAUCAGUUGGUCUCGCUACUCAAGCUGCUAAAGUACUUGGCAAGGAGUAAAAACAGAAUGCAAAUGCUGCUGGAGAAAAAGCUGAUGGAGCAUUACGAGGAGAUGUCGGUAGCGCAAGUCAACGAUUUGCUAAAUGCGCUCGCUAAUAAUUUGCAAUCGGCUGUUGCGCUGAAAUGUGCGAGCAAAUGGGCGUACGCGCACCUCGCGACCGCUUCCAAGUACGAUUUGAUGGAAUUUUUAGAGAAUCUGACGACCAACAGAUACGUCGAUGCGACGCUCGUGGAAGCCAUCGAAAAAACUUUAACGAUGAAAAACGUGAAAAGCAACGACUACGCUCUGAUGGUAGCCGUUGCGAUUUACUGCUCCACUGUUCAUCUGAGAAACGGAGGCAUACUUAAUAAAGUCGUAAAGUAUCUGGAAAAACACGCAAAGAACGUGCCCGUCUCUCCGUUUAUGAAGAUGAUCUCUGCCUUCGGCACAUUAAAUUUCAAAUUGGAAAAGAAGGAGAGCAUCUGGGAGAUAUUCGAGAUAAAACUGAAGCAAGAGUUUUCCCAUUUGCAAGCCGACGCGAUAUUGAGCACUUUCUUGUCGUGCGCCUACACGAGCAAAUAUUUCCCCGAGUUCAUGACGAAGAUCCUCGCCCCGGAGUUCUUGCAGCAGUUGGAUCUGCAAAUCCGUGAAAUCGAGAGCGCGAAGUCGUUGCGGGAGCAGCUCUACUUGCUGGACACCGCGAUGAGCGUCGAGUGCUCGAGCUACCUGGGCCCGCUAUUGAUCCGUCGCCGCGACAGGUAUUACGCGGCGAUGCACCCGAAAAUAGAGAGCGCUCUGAGCCAAAUCAGGGACGAGCUCGCGCGUUUCGCCAACGAAGACGAGGCGAUCAGCGAGCGCGUGCUCGUCGACGAGCUGUCCAACUCUCAGCUGUAUCUCGUGCACGCCGUGAUCCACAAGAGAGCGGCGGCUUCGGCGCCUCUUUCGAGGCUCGAUCGGUUCAGCGCGAACAGGCGCGGAACGACCGCGGUUCUGCUGCUGCUGCCCGAGCACUACUGCUGGAACUCGACCGAGCUGACGGGUCAGCAAGCGAUGAAAGUCAGGCACUUGACGAAAUUAGGCUUCCGCGUGGCGCUUCUCGAUUGUCGAACUCUGCUGGCGUUGCGGGAGAGGCCCGCCGAGGCGCUCAGGGAAUACUUGACGAGGUCUUUCCGGGGCAGCCGGCGAGCUUCCUCGGCAGCGGAUCUCCGGUGAACGCUAAUAACGAAGAGUUUCGUCCCCGCGGCCGUUUCCUCUGUUUCAGCCGAGUCGUCAAGACGGCCAAGGAAAUCGAGGUGAUGCGCUACGUGGCCAAAGUCAGCUCGGACGCCCACCGGAUCCUCAUGAAAAUCGUCCGCCCGGGCAUGUGGGAAUUCCAAGCCGAGUCGACCUUUCAGAAUUACGUGU